UCCUCUGCCUCUUCGGAAUCCAGCUUCUCCCAGUUGGCCAGGAAAAACCAGUGUGUGUCUGGUGUCACUGUGCAGCUGGAGAUGAGGAGCCUUUGGGAAGAGUUCAACAGUCUAGGCACUGAGAUGAUUGUCACCAAGGCAGGAAGGAGAAUGUUCCCAACCUUCCAGGUGAAGAUAUCAGGCAUGGAUCCCUUGGCUGACUAUGUGUUGCUCAUGGAUUUUGUGCCUUUGGAUGACAAGAGAUAUCGAUAUGCUUUCCAUAGCUCUGCUUGGCUGGUAGCUGGCAAGGCUGAUCCAGCAACGCCCGGCCGUGUUCACUUUCACCCUGACUCUCCUGCCAAGGGAGGCCAGUGGAUGAGGCAAAUUGUCUCCUUUGACAAGCUGAAGCUCACCAACAACUUGAUGGAUGACAAUGGCCAUAUCAUCCUGAACUCCAUGCACAGGUACCAGCCCCGCUUCCAUGUGGUGGUAGUAGAUCCACGUCCAGACAGUGAACGUUAUGCCCAAGAGAAUUUCAAAUCAUUCGUCUUCACUGAGACUCAAUUCAUGGCAGUGACUGCUUACCAGAACCACAGGAUCACACAGCUGAAAAUUGCCAGCAACCCAUUUGCAAAAGGGUUCCGGGAGUGCGAGCCGGAGGAUUGGUAAAUGGGGCGGUAUAUAAGCAGCAUGCUUUGCUUUUUGGUUUCUCGGGAAGGACCUUUCAAGCUCACUACAGCUACUUUUCCCUUUCCAGGGUUUACCAACAACCAACAUCUCCCUCCUCCCCUUCUUAGAGAAGCUUCGCAGCUCCAGCACCCACCUCUGGUGACACCAGCCAGCCUCCCUGACAUGUGCAUUGCUCGGCGGCCCUUGAAUGAAGCAUCCGGGGCUCUGCCCUACAAGCAUCUUUCCUAUCACAGCAUCUACGUGGGAGCCCGUACACGGGCAGCACCAUACACACUCCCCAGUAGCCGGGCGACCAGCUUCCACGCGCUCAACAUCUACACAGCUGGAGGCUAUGAACAAUGAAGGACAAAAGUAGGAUGGACAGAUCAGGCCCCUCCCUACCCCCCUCCCUCCUCAGGCUGAAUCUCCACAUCCCAA